ACAGGUCGCGUGGUACAGAAACUGCCCCGUCUCUCGCAUCUUCCGAAGCGUCCGAGUUUUACGUCGCGUAUGUAAAAGAACGUUUCUCGUCGUGCGAAAACUCUAAUAUCGUUGUUUGGAGUAAGCGCCUCGCGUUCGGAUUGUCACUCGCCGGUGUUUACGUAGUUGUCCGAAUUCGAACGUGUGCGUUUUCUCAGCGAUUCUUGCUCGCAGACAACUUCGCGACGUUUAGAGAAAUUCUUCAAAUCGGGCUAUUCUUUUUUCUUCUCGCAUGACGCUUCUUCCUAUUGUCCGACGUUGUUUAGAACGAAACAAACAUCCACGCAGCUUUUGUUUACAUGUUUGACGUUACUCUUUCGGGAGACUCGGUUUGUUGAAUGCACUUGCUGUUUGUAUCAACAUGAAGUUGCGCUAACGAGGAAGAAAGGCCGGUGUGGAACGCCGAAUCCCUGGUAUGGAAUGAACUGCUCGCCGUGAUUCUCCACGCAAAACGACUGGCCGAGGACUUCUCGAGGAUGACGGGCAGAUACGCGGAACGAGCCGUCGCCGCUCGCGAGGAAUGCGAAAGUCGAGGAUGCCUGCGACAAUCGAUGGGGUUGCCCAGGAAGCGAGCGGUUCUACUGGCGAUUUGUCUUUUGGUUACCUGCACCGCGGGUAACAACGUGAACGAGCCGCCCAUUCUGGAGGCCGGGGGAUAUCCCACGGGUCUGCCGCUCUCGGAAUCGACCAAGGUCGGCACGGAGGUGUUCGUCCUGAAGGGCCACGAUCCCGAAGGAUCGCCGGUGAAAUAUGGCAUACAACUCACGGAUCAUUUCGUCGUCAAUCCGCGCACCGGUGUCAUCACUCUGGCGAAGCCGCUCAAUCGCGAGGAAAACGACACGAUACGCUUUCGGGUCACUCUGGAGGACGAGGUGCCGGCGGGGCAGCAGCCAAACAUCGUCGGCGUGGACGCGUACGUGAUCGUGCUGGAUGAGAACGACAAUCCGCCGCACUUUCUCGGAGUUCCGUACGAGGCCGUCGCCGAGGAAGAUACCCCAGUGGGUUCCACGAUACUAGCGGGCAUCAAGGUCGUGGAUCCCGACCUGCUGGGCGACAUCAUAGAUCUCACGUGUGUCCCGCAGCCACAGUUCCAGGACGCGUGCGAAAAGUUCGGCAUCGUCAACGUCGAGAAGAGCCAGAACACGUACGUGGGCGCGUUGGUGCUGCGGCAGCCCCUCGACUACCGGGAGAGACCUUUCUAUCAGCUGCUGCUGCGAGCGAGCGACGGCCUGAACAAUGAAACCACCGGCGUGGAGAUCAAGGUGGCGGACAUUCAGAACAGUCCGCCGGAAUUUCUGGACUCGCUAACAGGUGUAGUAUUCGAGGACGAUCCCAUCGGGACCCUUGUGAUGAUCGUAAAGGCUCGAGACGGCGACCGGGGUAUGCCGCGGAAGAUGAUGUACGAACUGGUUACCAAUCCGUUUGAUUAUUUUCUGCUGGACGACGACACGGGGGAGUUGAGGACGGCGAAGCCGCUGGACAGAGAGGCGCUGGAGAACUCGACGGGCGUGCUCACGCUGAUUGUGAAAGCUCGCGAAUUAAUCGACGGCAUGCCCGGCAACGACAAGCUGACGGUAUCGACGGCCAAGGCGACGGUGACGAUUAAGGACGUCAACGACGAGCCGCCCACGUUUAAUCGACGCGAGUACAACAUCGAGAUCCCGGAAAACGUGCCGGACGGCACGCCGUUGCCGCAUCUGGACAUGACGGUGAAAGACCCGGACGUGGGUCUCAACUCCGUAUUUUCUCUGCGACUGGAAGACAUAACGGGCGCGUUCACGGUGGAACCGGUGCUGGCGACCGGCAGCACGUCCGUGAACAUUCGCGUUACCAACGGCUCGCUCGACUACGAAAACCCCAAUCAACGAAAAUUCAUUAUCCUGGUCGUCGCCGAGGAGGUGCACACGAAUCCGAAACUGUCGUCAACGGCGACGGUAACGAUCGCCAUCACGGAUGCAAACGAUAAUGCCCCAUCGUUCGGGAGCCCCACGUACACAGCCUCGAUAUCCGAGACGGCGGCUCCGGAGAGCCCAAUUAUAACGAUCACAGCGAAGGAUCGCGACAGCGGCCGCUUUGGCACCGCCGGCAUAGUCUAUCAAUUACUCGGUCAGGGCGCCGAGCAUUUUGCGAUCGACAAGAAAACCGGAACCAUCACGGUCGCGCCCUGCCAGACGCUCGGCACGUCCCCGUGUCUAGAUUACGAGCAACAGACCGAAUACUUCCUCACCUACAAGGCGACGGACGACAAUGGGAAAGGACAAACUACGAGCGUUUCGUUGCGCAUCAGCCUGAUAGACGCGAACGACAGUCCGCCGCGUUUUCUGCAGGACAAGUACCGCGCCGUGGUUGACGAGGGGGCCGAGAAAUUCGAGCCCGAGCUGAAGGUGCAGGCGCGCGAUAAGGACAAAACGUCCAAGAUCACGUACGCUCUGGUGGGAGGUAACGAGCUCGGGCUGUUCGCCGUCGAUGCGGACACCGGCGAGAUUACUAUCAAGAGCCCGGUCGACAUGACCAACGCCACCCAUGACUGGAUCGGUCUUACGAUACAGGCGAGCGACGGCACAUUCGUGGAUUCCGCGCUUGUUAACAUCACCGUGCGCGACGUUAACAACAACGCGCCCGUGUUCCCGCACGACAUUUACACGGCCAGUAUCGCGGAGAUAUCGCCGAUCGGAACUGUCGUGGAAGAAGUGACCGCGACGGACGCGGACAGCGGAGUGAACGCAGAGCUAGUCUAUCGAAUACAGAAGGGAGCCUUUGACGACUUCGCUAUCAACGAGACCACCGGCGUCGUCACGGUGUCUCGAAAGUUGGAUUACGACGAGAAAAACACUUAUCACGUGGAAAUCAUUGCGUUCGACAAAGGAACUCCGAGUCUGACCGGAACAACGACGCUGAUGAUCCAAGUCGAGAACAGCAACGACAAGGCUCCGUACUUCACGCCCGAAACCCAACGGGCUGAGGUUACCGAGGACACGCCGAUUGGCACGGUUUUCGCAACAUUGAAAGCGACCGAUCCGGACAGCACGAAUCUCGAAGCUUUGAAUUUCGCCAUUUCCGAACCAAUCACCGCUAUUGAUAGAAACGGUCAACGCGUAAACGACAGCAAAUCUUUCAAAGAUUUCUUCGCCGUUGAUCGCGCCACCGGUCAAGUUUCCGUCGUUCGUGCCCUGGACCGAGACGUGGCGGCCACGGUAAGCGUCACGAUCGUCGUCAGCGACACGACGGCGCCCACUUUGCAGCAAGGACGAGGUAAGCUGGUAGUCACUAUUAUCGACGUGAACCACAUGGCGCCGGAAUUUUUGAAGCCGUGGACCCGAGAAAAUCCCCGAUAUCUGAUAGAGAUGCAGGAAGAGCAACCCACCGGUGCUGUCGUAGGCGCUUUCACCGCGACGGACGCCGACAGUAACAUAGCGGGAUACGCCAUCGAUCCGCCGAGCCCUUACUUCAAUAUUGAUAAUAUUACCGGAAUUGUGCGAACUAGUCAAGUGAUCGAUUACGAGGAAACGAAGCAAUUGGAAUUCACAGUCGUUGCUUACGAUUCCGGAGUGCCGCAGCUCUCCGCAACCGCGAAAGUUACCGUCACGGUGAUCAACGUGAACGAUCAGGAUCCGAAGUUUGAGAAGGAGUUGUACAACGCGACGGUGAAGGAAAACUCGCCGCCUGGCACGCGCGUUAUCGUCGUCAAGGCUACGGACGAUGACGAGGGACCUUUCGGUGAUGUUAGCUACAGUUUAAUUGGCGAACACGCUUCUGACUUCAACAUCGGACAUGAAACUGGAGAGAUCACGGUGGGCGGUGCCACAGUUCUCGACAGAGAGAUGACAUCGGAAAUCACCAUAACGGUGAUGGCCAGCGACGGCGCUCAUGUCAAUUCUCGACGAAGCACCACCGUGCCGGUGGUUGUCAAACUAAUUGACGUGAACGAUAACAGACCGAUAUUCUCGCAACACAGCUACAUAGCGUCCGUCGCUGAGAACCUGUCUGUCAACCCACCGGCUCCUAUUUUGCAGGUACGAGCUGUGGAUCAGGACGAAGGCACCAACGGCGAGGUUUGGUACACAAUCGUCAGCGGGAACGAGAACGAGUCGUUUUCUCUGAAUCACGAAACUGGCAUUCUGUAUCCUGCGGCCGCUCUUCUCGGCAGAUCCGGUUCCUACAGAAUCGAGGUAGAAGCGCGCGACGGCGCCGGAAGCGGUCCGCACUCGGACAAAUGUUACGUCGACAUAAGAGUCACCCCCGUGAAUCAACACAAACCGCAGUUUGUGAUGCCGGAACUGACGAACGCAACUGUGGAAGUACCGGAGAACGCAGGCGUCCCGAAUUACCUAAUAUUGACGGUGAAAGCGAUCGAUAGAGACCCCGGAGAGAACGGUCGCGUCAGCUACCACUUGAAGGUCAACAAUAGAAACGUUCAGGAAACCGAGGAAUUUUCCAUAGAUCAAGAAACCGGCGAACUUCGUUCAAAAAUCAUUCUCGAUCGCGAGAUCAAGAGCAAGUUUGAGCUUGUUCUCGUAGCGGCCGAUCACGGCAGUCCCACGGCGUACGAAACUUUGCGCCUAUUGACAGUUCAGUUAGUCGACACGAACGAUAACGUGCCGCAAUUUUUCGAGGAGUACAAUUUUCACGUGUCGGAAAAUCGACCGAAGGAUUACUUCAUCGGCAAGGUUACGGCGGAGGACAAAGACGAAGGCAGACACGCGAAGGUUUACUAUUACAUAGAAGCAGGAAACGAAGGCUAUGCCUUUUACAUGGACAAGUCCGACGGCAGCAUUUACGCGAACAAGUCGUUCGAUCGCGAGAUGAGAGACAAGUACGUGCUUUCCAUUCUCGCGUCCAACGAUCCCGAUCUCUACGUUAAUCCGACGCAAUCCGGCCACCCGUUCAGUCAUCCCGAGCACGGGCAUGUGAACGUGACUAUAACCGUGUUGGACGAGAACGACAAUCCGCCGAUAUUCGAGCGCAACGAUUAUUACGCCGGUGUGAACUCAAUGGCGAACAUAAACGACUUCGUGACCAAAGUAACCGCGUCCGACUUGGAUGUCGGUGACAACGGCACUCUUCAUUAUUACGUCGCCAGUGCGAAUCUUUACAAAUACGGCUCGGAAAAGCCGAGCGGCUCGAUAGUGCCAAGUCCGUUUAACGUUACGCAAGACGGCAAGCUCGUUACAAGCGGAUACAUGGCAGAAUACAAUCAGGACAGAUUUAUCGUCGAAGUAAUUGCCAAAGAGACCGCCAUCCCGGAGAGAUUCGCGAUGGCCAGAGUUCACGUGUGGGUGUUCGAACCGUCUCAGUUAAUUCGCGUCAUAUUAUCUCGACCUCCGGAGGAGGUGAACAGCGAGCGCGACGAGAUUGUUUCGGAAUUGUCGAACGCCACGCAGAGCAGAGUCGUGGUGGACGAUAUCAGGUACCACGUUGACGCUUCCGGACAUAUUCGCAGAGAAUGGUGCGACAUGUAUCUGCAUGUUGUCGAGCCGAAAACCCAAACCAUCGCUCCGAUUCCCCACGUGCUCAAAGUUAUCGACGCGAAAUACGAUUUCUUGAAACACUACUACACCGGAUUUGCCAUCGAGAACGUCGUGCCCGCAUACGCCGGGGUCCAAGAAGAGCCAUUCGAUCCUGCACUCGCCGCUCUAAUAGCUCUCUUGGUUGUUCUGAUCGUCGGAGCGGUUACCGUGACGGUUGUAUGUUGCUGUUUACGCCAUUGGGUAAUAACUGUGCCAAAUGAUAUACGUAAGAAGGAUGGCCUAAUUAAGAAGCAAAUCAUUGACGAGCUGAACACGACGGAGAAUCCUCUGUGGAUAGAGCAAAAACUGAAACUGUACGAGGAGCAAGAGCUGACAAUGCAGGUGUUCAGUGAGCCCGAGGGCGGUCUCGGCGGCGAGAGACGAGGCAGCGGUGUAAGUGUCGGCAUGGGCGACACGUCCCAGGACAAUACUUACGCCACGAUACAGCAUCCGUUACCCACGAACAGGCAUCGUCCAACGACGCCGGACUACACGACGCUCCCGGGAAAUCAUAAUUUAUACGAAUCGGCAAUGGGUUUCCAAGGAUCAACAUUUCAACCUACUCCGAACGUGAUGCCGCAACUGACGCUCGAUCGCGACGGCCAGCCCCAAUUUGUUUCAGGGCUGGUAUAAAUCUCACCUCUGGACACGCGAGCGUCUCUCCUCAAGCGUCUCUCCUUUCCUCUCCUCUCCACCUGUCCCUCUUUCUAUCUCUAAAUAAGCUCCGUCGCCGUACGUUGUACCUCUUUGUCCGCGGCUCUGUCUUUUUGUUUUUUUUUUUUUUUAUUUACUUGGCACGCGCCUCUUCGAAGCGUACGACUCGAACGACUCGCAUGCGCACACCUCUUUGACAAUAACCGAGUUGGAUAUUGGUUUGUCGUGCGAGUAGACGCGUAUAGACGAGAGGAGCGAGACACACGUUCCGUUGCAAUGUGUGUCCCCCGCUCUCUCUUUCUCUCUCUCUCUCUCUCAUCUGUGUGCGAUCACGGAUUUUUUCGUUCGGACUCUUCCCCGAGAGCUUGCGAAAGACUCAAGAGAUGAAGAGUGACGACGAACGACACAGUCAAUAUUACUAAAGUAAAUUAAUCCCUGUAGCUGGUGUGUGCAUGUAUAUAUGUGUGCGUUGCCAACCUGGGGUCCCGUCUGGACAACUUAUAUUACCGUUAAAUCUACUUUUUAGGGGAAUCAAAAAAAAAAAAAAAGAAAAAGAAACAAAAAAUAAGAGAAGAAAAAAAACGAAGAAAAGAAAGACGAAGAAGACAAGAAUAUUAACGUUAGGUAAAAAAAUAGAGACUAUGAGAUAGCUCGACACGACCGAAGCUUGGCACACGACAGAUAUAUGUAUAUAAGUGAAUGUGUAGAUUCCGUCCAGCCCAGUUUUUUCGUAUUGAUUUUUCCUCAUUAGUAUUUAAUAUUUAUAUACGUUUUCUCAUCGAGACACGUGUACGUGCGUGCGUUCCCGUUUAGCUGCGAACGCGUAGUUUACAACGAUCACUGCCAUACCUUUGGCAUCGACUCGAUGCGAUUGUUGCGUGUAUCCGGUAUAUAAAUAAUAUAAAAAUAACCAGGUUUUCAUUACUGCGCGUUGCACAAGCACGCGCGGUUUUGGAUAAUCAAGAUCCGAGUAAUUGACCCGUAAGUUACUUUUCGCUUUUAGUGCGUAAUUGUUUAUUUAAGGUAACGUUUAAAUGUGACUGAUGUGUAUAAUUUUUCUCUUCCCGAUAUUUUGAACUGUGAUUUGAGAUUGCGCCCGAGCAUGGGGAGUGCAAUGAUUUUUAAGUAACUUGUAAAAUGGUUUUUGCACGAGUUACUCUGGCAAUGGGCGGACAUUAGUCAUAUCAUAGUUAGAUGAUGAGUAACGACGUUCGCGGUGAGAAUUGUCACCUCGCGGUGAGAGACGACAGCACACAAUCGUGAAAAAAAAAAAAAAAUCUUUAGAAACGUCACGUCAAAUUUCACUACACUUUUUACGGCGGCUCCGCAAAACACCCGUCCCUCGGAAUGAGAACAAUGGCAUGUAAAAUUUGUGAUCCUCAAAGAGAACUCUCCGUGAACGUCGCUUUACUUGCCGUAAACGGAAAAAAAAGACAAAAAAAAAAAACAAAAAACGUAUUGCACUUACUCGAUAACA